CUAACAUUACCCAACACUAACCACUUUUCGCAUUGGCUUGAUAUUUUCGGUUUGAAUGCUUGCAUGCAUUCAUGUCUGUAAGAGUUAAAAUCGGAUAAGAAAAGAUAUGUCGUCAGAAAUAGAAGCCAUGGAUUGUGGGGACGCCACAGAAAGCACAGGUGAGGAUAGGCAAGGAGCGGAGCCAGCACCUACGGCGGAGAAGGAAAAAGUCGAUGCCGGCUCGCCGAGUGUUGCAGAAAUAAUUCCGGCUGAGCCCACUGUGCUGGAAGAAAAGGGGAAGCCCACCAUUGAAGACGAUGUGGAGAUGGCGGACCCUAAGUCCGAGGAACCUCCUCUUAUGGAUGCAGAAGAUAAUCCAGCCAAAAUAGUUUCCGACAAAUCCGAGGUCGAAGUGGCAUGUGGUUCGCCGGUUGAGGUCGGUACUAAAACAGCCGAGGAACUUGCUCCUGUUGAGAUUGAUUCAGACAGCAGCGUCGAGGUAAUAGAUAGUCCAGUCAAGUCCCCUCCUUCCAAUAAGUCUGGGGACGAGCGCAAGAAAGCAGCUGAAGAAUCGCCGUCGAAUGCCCUCGCUAAGGAGGAAAAAAACGAGGAGGCCGAAUUGGCAGACAGCAGCAUUGAAUUGAUCAGCAGUCCUACCUCAGAAGACUCUGCUGGCAGAGAUCAACCAAAAGAAGGCAAAAAGCAGGAGGAGAAGAAGGCAGGCACUUCCACUGAAACUUCCAGGGAUGCAGAACAAGAAAUGAAAGGGUCUCCGAAGCCUACUGAACCUGAUGAUGCCCUUGAAGUCAAGCUGGAAAAGAAGGCAGUAGAAGUAGAACAAAAAAUGGACGUGGACCAAAAUAACCUCACGUGGGACGGUGAUAUAUUUUAUGGCAAAGAUUGCGUGAAUUGCAACUGCAAGAGGCUCCACAAGCAGUUCGUGCUGGCCAAUAUGGCCACCUUGAACUUUUACAAAGUUACUAGGAAGGUAUCCAAGCAGCAGUUCGUCUGCACUGGAUGUAGCGAUGCAGCCAUGGAGAUGUAUGAGCAAUAUGCCGGUUACCUGAUGGAGAAGCAACCGUUGUUGCUAAAGGAUUUCCCUCAGGAUCAAGACGAUUUUGUGGCUCUGGAUAGUAGCGAUGAAGAGGAAGAGGAUAACAAAGUAGAGGAGAAACCAGAGCUUUCCACAAACGAUCUGAAACUGGUUGAAAAUGAAUUGGAAGAUGCCAUUGCAACUGUGCUCAACCGGGUGGGGUUCAAGGACCAGCUUAGCUGGUCCAAGUCCAUCCUGGUGGCCAAGGCAGAGCGCUUGGAGCGACACUUUGAGUUGGCCGAAAAGGAAAUGGAAGCGGUACAGAGCGUCGCCGACAAAAUGCAUUGGGACCUUUAUACUUCCUGCACGGUGGUGCACAAGCACUUGCCGCCGCUGGACCUUCAACACAACAUAGGCGAAUAUAUGCAAGUACCUCCAGCAGGAGAAAUCGAGAGACCACCUAUCCAGAUUGGUGAAACCUACUACGCCGUUAAGAAUAAGGCUAUAGCCAGUUGGGUAUCGAUAAAGGUGAUCGAGUUCUCGGAAAGCACAGCCAUCGGCGGAAAUACGAUGAAGAGCUACAAGAUCAAGUAUCUAAACACUCCGUACCAGAUGGUGAAAACAGUCACGGCCAAGCACAUAGCUUACUUUGAGCCGCCGCCAGUGCGCCUGACUAUCGGCACCCGAGUAAUUGCUUACUUCGAUGGCUCCACUCUGAGCCGAGGAAAAGACAAAGGCGUUGUUCAGAGUGCUUUCUAUCCGGGUAUUAUUGCCGAGCCGCUGAAGCAGGCCAAUCGAUUCCGAUACCUUAUAUUCUAUGAUGAUGGGUAUACGCAGUAUGUGCAGCAUCGGGAUGUUCGUCUGGUGUGCCAGGCCUCUGAAAAGGUUUGGGAGGAUGUGCACCCCGCGUCUCGCGACUUUAUCCAGAAGUACGUGGAAAAGUAUUCGGUUGAUAGGCCUAUGGUGCAGUGCACCCGCGGCCAGAGCAUGAACACUGAGUCGAAUGGCACCUGGCUGUAUGCGCGCGUCAUUGACAUCGACUGUAGCCUGGUUCUGAUGCACUUUGAGGCGGAAAAAAAUCACACUGAGUGGAUUUACAGGGGAUCCUUAAGACUGGGUCCGGUAUUCAAGGAAACCCAGAAUGCCUUGAGCAAUGCUAACGCUCACCAUGCUCGCGUGCCAAGACGCACAGAACCCUUCAUUCGCUACACCAAGGAGAUGGAAUCGAGCAACAUGCAGGUGAACCAACAAAUGCGUGCCAUGGCCCGCAAAAGCAGCUCCGUCGCCCAAGGCGCCGUUGCCUCAGCCGCCUCUUCCUCUCCCGCAAAUACACCUGCUGCCAGCCGCAGUAGUGCACCAAAUGCUAACCGCGGACCAGUUAAGCAUUUAAACAAUUCGACCAUAUACGUCGACGAUGAGAAUCGCCCAAAGGGCCAUGUUGUUUAUUUCACGGCCAAGCGAAACUUGCCACCAAAGAUUUACCGGCCCCACGAGUGCAACUCGGGCUGUUUGUUCAAGAUCGCUCACCGCCUUGACAGUUACAGCCCCCUCGCUAAGCCUCUGCUAUCUGGCUGGGAGCGCUUGGUGCUGCGCCAAAAGACUAAAAAGAACGUUGUUUACAGGGGACCGUGUGGCAAAAGUCUGCGUUCCUUGGGGGAGGUACACUACUACCUUCGGAAAACCGAAAAUGUACUGAAUGUGGAUAACUUUGACUUCACACCGGACUUGAAGUGUCUGGCUGAAUACUCAAUCGAUCCUACGAUUGUCAAAGAGGCGGACAUAUCCAAGGGCCAGGAGAAAAUGGCUAUCCCGCUGGUUAACUACUACGACAACUCCCUGCCUCCGCCAUGCACCUACGCCAAGCAGCGAAUCCCCACCGAGGGAGUGCAUUUAAAUCUUGAUGAGGAAUUCCUUGUGGGCUGCGAUUGCGAUGACGAUUGCUCGGACAAGUCCAAGUGCUCCUGCUGGCAACUGACAGUGGCGGGUGUAAAGUACUGCAACCCCAAAAAGCCCAUCGAGGAGAUUGGAUACCAGUAUAAGCGGCUGCACGAGCAUGUGCCUACCGGCAUUUACGAGUGCAACUCCCGCUGUAAAUGCAAGAAGAACUGCCUCAAUCGUGUGGUCCAACACUCGCUGGAGAUGAAAUUGCAGGUUUUCAAGACCUCAAAUCGAGGUUGGGGACUGCGAUGCGUCAACGACAUCCCAAAAGGCGCCUUUAUAUGCAUCUAUGCCGGCCAUCUGCUCACCGAAACGAUGGCCAAUGAAGGCGGUCAAGAUGCUGGCGACGAGUACUUCGCUGAUUUGGAUUAUAUCGAAGUGGCCGAACAACUAAAGGAGGGCUACGAGUCCGAGGUGGAGCAAUCUGAGCCUGAGCCGGAGGAAGAUUCAUAUCUGCCGGAAGCCGAAGACGAUGAUGACUUCCGGCCAAACAAAUACUAUCAGAAGAAAAACAAGGUGCGCGCCACACGCAGUAUUAGUGCCUCAGGCCAAUCUACAGAAGUUGACUCGCAGGAGCGCGCGGUUAUCAACUUUAAUCCGAACGCCGAUCUGGACGAGACUGUGCGAGAGAACUCUGUACGUCGGCUGUUUGGCAAGGAUGAGGCGCCUUACAUUAUGGAUGCUAAAACCACUGGAAACUUGGGUCGCUAUUUUAACCACUCGUGUAACCCAAACCUUUUCGUUCAAAACGUCUUCGUUGACACCCACGACUUGCGCUUUCCCUGGGUGGCCUUUUUCUCGGCGUCGCACAUUCGCUCCGGCACCGAACUGACCUGGAACUACAACUAUGAAGUGGGCGUGGUGCCCGGCAAGGUGCUGUACUGCCAGUGUGGGGCCCCCAACUGCCGUAUCCGCUUGCUUUAAGCUUAACUCAAAGAAAACAUGUUCCGAAUUAGCUAUUUAAGAGCCCAUCAGUAAAUAUAACUUUUAUGUGUACGGAUAUCUUCUCGAAUGGCCCAGAUGAAAUAUAUUUAUCUGGAUUUCUAUCUACAUAUAUAAAGCCUAAAUACUAAGGGAUUAGCCAAAAGUCUAAA